AUGACUACUUCAGUGUCAUCUGCAUUAAAAACCACACCAACAUCUUCCUUAAUUACCUUGGCAGCCGGAUGUUUCUGGGGGGUAGAAAAAGUAUUUAGAAGGUAUUUUGGUAACCAAGGCAUAAUUGAUAUUAAAGUGGGUUACGCCAAUGGCGUUCCAACUGUUGGUAAUGUUAAUUACGAAAAGGUUUGUUCUGGCUCAACUGACUUUGUUGAAAGUAUUCAAAUUUCAUAUGAGCCAUCUCAGGUCACACUUGAAAAGCUAUUAGAUACUUUCUUUAGAAUGCAUGAUCCAACAACAGUUAAUGCUCAAGGUCCGGAUGUAGGUACUCAGUACAGAUCAGCCAUUAUGACCCACGAUGAAAAGGCCCAAAAAAUUGCAUGGGAUGUUAAAGAAAAAAUGCAGACAGAAUGGUAUCCAAAUCACAAGAUAGUUACAAUAAUAGAACCUAUAAAAAUUUGGUACGAUGCUGAAGAGUAUCACCAAGAAUACUUAAAGAAAAACCCUGGCGGAUAUGAAUGCCCCUCUCAUUUCUUAAGAACCAAACCAAAAGUUUGA